GUCUCUCUCAUUGUGUGACUUUCAGACGCCUGGCUUCCCAGAUUAGGCUAUAGGCUAGCAUAUAAUGUAGCAUAUAGCCUACUCUUUAAUUCAUCCAAUCUUUAAAGCCUGCUUUUUUCGGUUGGUUUCAGCAGUUUUUUUUCCCUAUGUGAAAAUCUACUAUGAACAGGCACACUCUGAUAGUGGGUUUGUUGCAAGUUGCAUCAGUUACUUGGGGAUUCAACUUGGAGAAAACCAACCCCAGAAUAUUUUACCAGAAGCCAGGAUCAAACUUUGGAUACCAAGUGUGUCAUUUUGGACCAAAGGGCAGUAACAGUAUUUUAGUUACAUCCCCACUGCAUCAAAAUGGAACUGGUGGAGUUUAUAAAUGUCCCUAUACGGGUCAGUGUGAAUUACUUCCUAUGAAAGUGAAUCCAGGAAUUUCAUUGGGAAUGUCACUAGCAUGCACAGCAGACAGGGCCAUGGUGUGUGGGCCACGCCUUACGGAAGAGUGUAAUCAUCUGACUCAUCUCAAUGGAUUAUGUGUGGAAAUUAGCCAGAGAUUCACAGAGAGUAAAAGUAUCAAACCGGCUUUUCAAGAAUGCCGCGAUAUUUCCUUGGAUGCAGUAGUUCUUUAUGAUAGCUCCCAAAGCAUCUCAGACCUUGAGUUUAGAACUAUGAUUGAGUUCAUCAAGGCCAUUAUCCGCAUGUUUACUGAUCCAGGAACACAAGUGGCUGUGGCUCAGUAUGCUACCGAUAACCACGCUGUUUUCAACUUUGAGAACUUUGCUGCUAAAAGAAAAGAAAACCCUGUUGAUCUGAUGAAUGAAGUGCGUCACGAGAAGGGCAACACUUACACUGCGGCAGCCAUACGUUUUGUGCUUGAAAAUAUGUUUACUGAGGAUAAGGGAAUGCAGAAAGAUUCAAAGAAGCUACUUAUUGUAAUAACUGAUGGAAAAUCCAAUGACAAAACAGAGUCACUUGAUGCCGUUCUCCCACUGGCCCAAGACAUGAAUGUGACCAUGUAUGCCAUUGGGGUCGGCAAGCAAUUUUCCUACGACGAACUGCUGAAGAUCUCACUGAACAAUUCAAAGAAUGUGAUGAUGACAGAGAGCUUUGAUGCUCUGAACUCUAUUCAGAAUGAGCUGAAAUCCAAGAUUUUUGCAAUAGAAGGCACAGGUGCUGUGUCGAACCACAGCUCGUUUGAGAAGGAAUUGUCACAGGGUGGCUUCAGCAUUGCUCUGUCUGAAGAUGAGAGUACGUUCGGGGCUGUUGGGGCAUACACCUGGUCAGGUGGGCUUGAGAAGUAUGGUCUCGGGCUUGAUGCAACGUUUAUAAAUGCGUCCGCAGAGGAGAAGGACUUGAGAGACUCCUAUCUGGGCUAUUCAGUGGCUCUACUGAGUGUAAAUCGGAGAGCAGUCUACUUUGCGGGUGCUCCACGGUACAGACACACUGGUCUUGUGCUGGGCUUCCAACAGUCUCAUAAUGACACCUGGACCAUUACUUACAGGAUACCCGGCUCUCAGUUUGGUUCAUACUUUGGGUCAGCACUUUGCACGUUGACAGGGAAGAGUUACGGCACUAAUGGACUGUUGGUCAUCGGGGCUCCUUCCCACCAUGGCAAAGGUGUUGGGGGAGAAGUGCACAUUUGCCAGAUGGAAUAUGAGACUCCCAACUGUUCCCAGCGCCUGAGGGGUACUCCCGGAAACGAGCGUGGCCAGUUCGGAUCGUCUCUGUCCUCGUGCCCAGAUCUGAAUGGGGACAGAGCACCUGAAUUAGCAGUGGGGGCUCCAUCUGAGAACAACGGGAAGGGAAGCCUUUAUAUCUUCCUCAGCGACAGCAGGGGCAUCAGGUCUGAAUACAGUCAGAGAAUUGCAGGCUCUCAGCUAAACAGCAGACUGCAGUACUUUGGUCUGUCUGUCCACUCUGCUGGAGACCUGAGCUCAGAUGGCCUGACUGAUCUGGUAGUUGGUGGAAAAGGAAGUGCCACCAUAAUACGGUCCCACCCAGUGAUGUGCCUGAGGGUGUCCGUCACUCUGGACCCACCAGUCAUUCCGCAAGACAGCUUUCACUGCUCCAACCCCCGUGGCCUGGACAGGCCAGUGUCUACUGUUCAUGUCUGCGUCACUCUCGAAGAGGUUCUCAAAGGAACCAUACAGACUCCUUUUAAGACGGCGGUAUCCGCAUCCCUGGAGCUGGACGAACAGAUUAAACCACUUCGCUUGGUCCUUUCAUCCAACCGUCAAUGGAACAUGAAUCUGACCGGCAGCCAGACAUUCUGCCAGAACCUCACCCUCAACCUACCGGCGUGCAUAUCAGAUUAUCAUGACCAAGAUCUGUUAGGAACGCUAGUAGCCGACGUAGAGGACAUUCCAGGGUCCAAUGGUUUAAGGCCAAUGCUUAGUCCGGAUUGCCCCUUGGAGUUUUUGAGCAAGGUGCUACUGGAGAAGGUGUGUGGAGAGGAUCACGUGUGUGUCCCAGACCUUCAUGUUUCAGUAAAAUUCACAAGUCCAGUGGUAGUUAACAUCAGUGGAUUUCAAGUGGAAGUCUUGGUGGAUGUGUUGAAUAACGGAGAAGAUGCUUCAGCCAUUAAGAUGGAGCUCCUUUUCCCCUCCUCGCUGUCCCUCACUAAAGUCAGACAGACUGUGGAUAAGAGCCCUGUGCUCUAUGGGCUCAACAGCACAGGAAAAGGCCUUUACUCCUUUAUGGCCUCUGACCUUGGACCAACUGUGAUCCGUCAAGGGGCAAGAACAGCGAUACAGAUAUCACUCAUGGUCUUCAAUCAGACUUCUUUAAGUGACAUACUGUCUGUGAAUGUGUCUGUCAUGAGCAAGAAUGAGGACGUCCUGAAACUGCAGGACAACUCUGCUCAGGCCACUGUGCCAGUGAAGCUGCCUUUUGAUGUCAUCGUUCAAGAGGGGGAAUCUACUACUCGUUAUAUCCGUUUCCCAGACAAAACAGAACUCAAACACGAAUUUAAGGUUGAAAAUAUUGGAGAAUUGGCCGUGCCUGUUAAUGUGACUUUUGUGCUGCCGGUCCAGAUGGAGUUUGGCUUUUCGUGGUCUGUGGGCCUAUCAGGCAGAGAAGGACAAAAAGAGAAGUGCUUCAAAGAGAGACCCGUCACUGAAGAAGAAAACAAGGACUGUAAGAGUGAUAUCUGCCAUCUGAUUGUGUGUGCCAUUUCCUCGCUGUCUGUCAAGAAACCAAUCAGCUUCAUAUUCUCUGGAGUCAUCAGCAGAAACACUAGGGGGUCAGGAGUUCAAGUGAAGGCAGAGAGUUGGGCUUUCCUGUCCCUCGAUGAAGCUCACUACACCCAUUUCCCUGGCAGUGGAGGGCUAUCACGCUCUAUUGUUUCAGAGUUGGAAGUCCCGUCCCAAGGCCCUGCUACUGUCAUUGCUACCGUCAGCGUAUUCUGCACUCUGAUAGUACUGUUGAUCAUCUUUGGGAUUCUGUACAAGCUUGGGUUUUUCAAGUCCAGAGAAACACUCUAUGGUAGUUCCCCAUCUGAAGACGCUGCUCCGGAAGGUGAUGGCACUACGCCCCCUGGUGAUCAGUCUGCUGACACUGCAGAAGCCAAAGUCGACGGUGAUGGCACAUCCUAAAAAAUGUUGUUGCCACAAUUAACUUUUUUCCUCCUCACUGUGAAUUAACUUGAGUUUUUAUUUUUAUAUAGUUAUUUUUAUGUAACUUAUUUGCCAUGUGUCUCAAAACUGCAUUUGCAGUUGUUUGACACAGAACAAACUGAACUGAGUUGAAGAAAAAACAUAAUUUGUUCGCAAGUAAGAUUUCCAUCAGGAGGAUUUCAUGCAUUUGUAAUUUCCGUGUUUUGUAUUUACGUGUCAAUUUGCUCUCAUCAUCAAACAGGAAACAAAUAAAGUUUCUGUGUCUAAUAUUGUG